UCAUUUAAAUCCGGCUAUGGACGAGGUGAAAAUCGUGUCCUGAAGAGGAAUAUAUUAAUGCAAUCAUCAACCGGGAUUUUACCAUUACAAAUUUACCAGUAAAACAGGACGCAAGCGUGACUAAAUCAACACAAGUUGUGCUUGCAAUCGUAUAUAACAUCCGGGUACGGGGUCAUUCCCAUCAGCCACAAAGUAGAACGCGGAUACAGACGAAUCGUGCUCAUAAAGUCGGCUAAAAAGUGUAGGAUGUUUCAGAACAUUAUUGCCUUUUAACAUGGUGGUUACGAGAGACGCGCUAGCCUUCAUUUUGGCGCUUUUCGUAUCGGAACUACAUAACGUAGAACAACGUGCAAUCACGAAGAGAGAUAUCAUCAACCCAGCUUCCUGUGGCUUUCCAAACCUUCCAAGGACAAGGCGUCUUAUUCCACAGACUACCUCAAGGAUCAUUGGCGGUAUCGAAACAGAGCCGUUUAUAUGGCCUUGGAUGACUUACAUUGAGAUAAUUGACGGAUUAUUCUGUAGUGGUUUCUGCGGGGGAAGUCUAAUAUCACCGCAGUGGGUGCUCACGGCAGCACACUGUGUAUAUACCAGCGGGUUGCGACAUUGCCCAUAUCGAAAGAGGCUCCCAACUGAGUUCACUGUCCAUUUUGCCGUCCAUGACGUACAGAAUAAGCUUCUAAACCCUGGAUACGCGAACAGAACAGUGGCCGAGAUCAUAGACCAUCCACAAUUCAGCAGAGACCGUUUCACAGACUACUUGCGGAAUGAUCUGGCUUUACUUCGGCUGUCGUCCCCCGUCACCUACAGUCAGGACAUAGGCCCCAUAUGUCUGCCGGCUGACACGGAGAUCGUGGAUGACAGGACCAAGUGUAAAGUCGCUGGAUGGGGGGAUACAAUAGGGGACCCGGCUAUUUUUCAGUCCAGCAGGAAGCUACAGGAAGUGGACCUGGACUAUAUGUCCACCCCUGCCUGCAGAACCAGUUCCUGGUAUAGUUUCCCGAUAACGGAUGACAUGAUAUGUGCCACAGCUAAAAACAAGGACACGUGUGGGGGAGACUCUGGCGGACCCUUGGCCUGCAACUUUACAGUCAAUGGACGCGAGGUUUGGCGACAGGUGGGAAUUGUGAGUUUUGGCUCUUCCUACUGCGGCAACAACGUUCACUAUCCGGGAGUGUACACCAACCUGGGCAAGUACUAUGACUGGAUCCGAGACACGACAAACCUCGCGCUUGACUGCGCCAAGUUUGGGUGUGAGCAGUACUGUAGUCAACUUGACCGGCGAUAUGACCCCACGUGUUUGUGUAUGGAGGGUUACGUCCUGGACCAGAACGGGCGAAACUGUACAGAUAUAAACGAAUGCGGAGUGAACAAUGGCGGCUGUGAAGACGUGUGUAUAAACGAGGAAGGCGGCUACAGGUGUGCCUGCUUUCCUUCACGAGUACUGAGUAACGAUGGUCUCCGGUGUGCAGAUAAUAUCACCAUUCACUGCCCAUCACCACCUAAGCCUCAGAAUGGCAAUGUCACGUGCAAAGAAAACCCGCCAUUUACGCCAGGCGCCAUCUGCGACCAGGAGUGCCUUCCCGGGUUUGAAUCUACAGAUGACCCCGUUCUUGAAUGCAAUGAACAUGGCAUAUGGGAGCAAGGAACGAUAUCAUGUAGAGAUAAAAACGAAUGCCUUGUUUACAAUGGUGGCUGUGACCAAGACUGCUUUAACACUAUUGGUGGAGUUGAAUGUGGUUGCCUAGCAACGGGAUUCACACUUCAACCAGAUGGAAAAACGUGCAAAGAUACAGAGCCCCCCUAUUUCAGUCAGUGUCCAAGCGAAAUAACCGCCCGAGCCUCAGCGGGAGAAAAAGAAGCGGUAGUGGACCUUAGUAACAAUGUGGCGUACGCGGAUAACGUUAACGCACGCCUCAUCAGCGGCACACGGCCGGGUCCGCGGACAUUUGAGAUCGGCGUCCAUGUUGUGACUUUCAUUGUGACAGACGACAGUGGCAACACAGCUCAGUGUAAUGUCACUGUGGUUAUACAAGAUAAAGAAAAACCCACCAUAAGAAACUGUCCUGGGCCGAUAACUAAGCAGGUGGAACAAGGCAGGAAAGUGUUGGUGACCUGGAACGACCUGGGUAUAUCCGACAACUCUGGACACUUCAGUAUAGUUGACAAUAUACCUGAUGGUCAACUGUUUCCUGUUGGAGUUUACUGGGCGAGAUUUACCGUAACAGACGGCAGUGGAAACACGAACACCUGUUCAUUUAGGGUGAAAGUCAAACACAGAAACCACGCAAGUUGCCCUGAGCUGCGGUCCCCAGCUAACGGCAAAAUAGAAUGUUCAUACUGGGGAUUCAGAAAAUAUUGUUAUUUUCAUUGCAACAGUGGAUAUACCUCGCCCGUAGUGGGGCAGUUUUUUGUCUGUUCUCCGCAGGGGGACUGGAAGCCGUCAACCAGUAUCCCCGACUGCACCUGAGCUUAAGCUUGGCGGACUCUGUAUAUAUAGUAACGGUUUACGCCUAUUAGCUAUGAACUAUAUAUAGGAUGGCGUUGGCACAGUAGGCCUACAUGUCUCCACGCGAAAAAUCGCAAAAUUUGACGUAUUCGGAGUUACCUCUUUCAUAUUAUAUGACUGUUACAACCGAAUGUCUUCUCUAAUAACUUUGCAUUGUGUUGUCUUGAUAUCCUUUUGUUUUCUACUUUCGAUAUUUGAACAAAUUAAAAUUAUUUUUGUGUUUUAAAAUGUUGGUUAUGUUGCCUUUAAAUAUUUUCUAUCCCUAAAAUGGAGAAAAAAGUGGAUUUUUGUUGUUGUUAUAAUAAAGUUAUGAUCGGACUCCGAUAAAAUUUAGAGGAUAGGUCAGAAAUUGUCUACAUUAAAAUUGAUUAGAUUCUGGUGAUGGUCUGUGAAUUAAUUCACAGUUCUAGUUAUAGCCAUAUUUGAAAUACCUUGGUGGAGGUCUGCGCUCUGUGAGUGCUUUUCUAAUUUUAUCACUUUAAUAGAAAAUC